GACAGGCGUCAAAAAUACCACCCAGUGAGCGCGGAUCAGAAGCUUCCCUCGCGGCCACAGUCGGCUCUUGUUCACCAUCCUGCGCGCAAAUUUCCUCUCAGAAAUCCCUCUUUCCUCCAGCUAUAGAGUCCCAGAUCACCAGGAUGACUGCGGGGUAAAGCGUCUUUUUCUGUCCUCAUGAUUCAAAGUAACCGACGCCGGCGGACUGAUUCGACUCUUCAUGUCUGAGAGGAUAGUGGUCAGUCACCCUCUCGUCAAGACGCACCGGUAUAAGCCUACUGUGAGACCACAAUGGGGGAGAAGAUGUGGAUAUUUCCCUCUGCUUACAAUUCAAAGUGUGUGUUUUCUCUGUGGAAUCAGUGGUGUUGGUGUUACGCAGCCCUGGUGUGUUUGCUGAUCUCGCCUGUCAGGACGGAUGACGCGUGUCCGUCAUCCUGCGUCUGUGCCAGAGACUCGGGGACGGUGACCUGCCGUGACGGGGAGGACACCGACAUACCAGGAGACAUCCCCGAAUGGACGUCCAGCUUAAUACUCAGGGGGAGAAACAUUACAACUUUACAGCGCGGUGCGUUCAUGAGCAACGGCACGGAGUUGGAAAUGACGACACUCUCGCUCUCUUACAACGGGAUCCAAGCGAUUGAACCCUACGCCUUCCUGGGACUCCCCCGGCUGCAUUUGCUGGAUCUGAGCCACAACCAGCUGGAAUCUAUCUCAGCCCGGGCUUUCCACGGGUUACUCGAGCUGCGAUCUCUUUACCUGAAUCACUCUAUUUCACCGGCAGCCACGGCGCAGCUCUCCAUGGCGCUGAGCACUCAAAGUUUGCGCUACCUCCACAGGCUGGAGUUGGCGGGAAACUCUUUGACAUCUAUCCCUUUAACAAGAUUAGAUAUCUAUAACCUCCACGCACUGGUGCUGAUUAAUAACUCAAUAGAGAACAUCGUGCGUGAAAACAUCACCAAUUUGUACCAGCAAAGGCGUUUACGCGUGUAUUUGUCUCUGAACCCAUUCCGGUGCACCUGUGAGAUGGAGGCGUUUUAUUACUGGUUGAAGAACUCCUCCCAGUGCCCGGAUGCAGGGCGGCUUGUGUGCAUAGAGCCGGAGUCCAAGAAGGGAAUCCCCGUGGAGAAGCUCCGGGGAGAGGACGUGGAUUGUAUGAAUGAAAACCUCGAGGCUGUUUCUUAUGUGUUUCUGGGGUUAGUCCUGGCUCUGAUCGGGGUGGUGUUCCUCAUGGUGCUUUAUCUCAACCGGGGAGGCAUCAAAAGGUGGCUCAACAACAUUAGAGAGGCGUGCAGAGACCAGAUGGAGGUGUACCAUUACCGCUAUGAGCAGGACUCAGACCCAAGGCUGGCCAAUGUGGCUGUCUGAAACAUGAGGCCAGGCACUGCACGGUGACAGGACAGGGGACGGUGCAAACUGGGGUACUCUGUGAAAACAGGCCGAGAGGACUCCCUGUAACAGUCUCUACCUACAGUUUUUAUACACCAGUUUCACUUUUCAAUGAACUGCAAUAACCCCCUCACUGCAGGAAAAGCACAGAGCCAAAGACAGUAAUACGACUUCAAAGACUCAGUGUUGCACCACUGAACACUUCUGAGCAGUGUUGUUAAUAUUGUACAUAAGUAGCUUUUCAUGCACCAUGUUACCUGUUAGCAUAUCAGCCUAACUUAGUAUUAUUUCUCCUAUUAACCAAGUGACAAAUGUAGGUAGAGAAGGUUUUAAAGGAUAAGGAACACAAGAUGAAUCAAUGGGGUUUCUGAGAGACGCAGCCUCUGUAAAGUGCUGCAAAUGAGUAUUCUACAUUCAUGAAACCCUGCAGGGAGAGCCAGGUAGACAGAGUCUGUUUAUAAUGCACUGAGACAGAGCAUUAUGCAAAGCAUGCAGAGAGAAAAGUGGUAGAGAAGGGGACCUAAAAUGAGAGUAUGUUGCUGUUAGAGUGCCAUGUUUGUUCAAGCAGGCAUCAUUUUUCACCAUGGCACAAAAUACCAACCUUGUUUUUAUGAGCAGUGCUUUGAUCCCUGGAAACAGCACAACUGUGUAUCAUCUGACCCCGGGUCAAUUUAUCUGAAAAAAGGUGGAAAAGAAGAAGAGACAGACUCUAACCAUGCAUGUGAUUGUUGUAGGCGUAGAAAACAAACCAAAACAUGAAUAAAAGGUCAAAGAGAAACAGCAAGUUAGCAAUGUUAUGCAUGUCAGUUCAUUUCAUCAUCACUGUCGGGAAAUGGUCAUGCAGCACCUUGACGGAAAUAUGUAAAAAAGGAAGAAGAAUAUUUUGUUCAUUUGCCAGAGGCUGGUGUGAAGAGGUGAAAAAAAUUCAGUUAUAUUGAAGACGGGAGGCAGUCACAUCAUCACCGCCUCUGGGCUCCACACUGAAAGUCUGGACUAUCAUCAGCUUUUUUAUUAAAGGAGCAAAGAGUGCAAGGCCGGCAGAGGUCCGCACGGAAAGAUGGAACAGGAAAACAUGGCAGUGUUAAUCUUAUCAGCACCACGACUAAUAACGCAUGCAGAAUGACGACAGACCUGCAAAAUCAGUAUCUCUGUAAAGCCUAGUGAUCAGGCGAAUGAAAAGCUGGAAAAGGUAAAUAGAGUAAGAAUGUGUUUUAGAUAAUUAAUUAAUUAACAUUAUGUAUUCACAAUGGAUGGAAACAACUGAAACGCAAAAGGCUAAUACCCCUUAGCAUGCACUUAUACAUUAGAUGAGCAUUGCAUCAACCCAUACAUGCGUUGUUGACUGACAUUUGCAACCAAUGUGCCAUGCACCAAUGUCAGACAUUUUCCAGCGUAAGAGGAGGGGCUUCUAGCAACAACUUACAUCUCAGAGUUUAUUUGAAGAAUUACAAAGAGGUAAUACAAAAAAAUGUUGGUGUUAGAAUUUUUUGCGAUGCAUCGCUAAAAGCUACGCCGGGUCCCAAACUCUGAGCAGAAAUAGGCUUAAAGGUAAACGUCCACAACCUUGUGGACCCAGAUAGUGGGGUAGACUGAGGCAGAACUGCAUAGACAAUUGAAGCAAACUGCACAAAAGGGAGCCAGGAUGAUCUAGCUACCAGCAAUUUACUAAGUAAUAAACCAAUAAUGGUGGAAACAUAUGAUUGAAUGUAAAUUACAUGGAAUAAAAGAACAACUAUAAAACCACUGAGGAUGCAAAGGUUUUUUGUUUAAUCAACAAGUAAUUGGUAAUAAUAGGAAGGUAAUGUAAUUAUUUUCUUUCUCCUCUCAUUGCAAAUUGUCUUUUAAAUGUUUUUUAAGCAAAAUGAUAAGUUAGCUAAAUAGACGCAUUUAUGGUCUUACUAUCCUAAACAAUUGUAAACAGCAGAUAGAUAGAUAGAUAGAUAGAUAGAUAGAUGAAUAGAUAGAUAGAUAGAUAGAUAGAUAGAUAAAUAGAUAGAUGGAUCACACAUUUAUGCGUAGUCACACAUUUAUGCGUUGUCAUUGCGAUUUUCUAUUUUCCACCCUCCAUGAAUGUGUUUCACUGUGUCAGCAGUACAAAAGCUGCCCUUAUAUAACAGUGACAUCAGAUUGUGAGACAUUGUCGCUUGUUAUGUCAGGUCACAACCCAGCAGACCACACUCUGUCAUGUUUUAUAUUGAGAUAGAUGAGGAGAAAAGAGUAGAGUUCAGGGAUGAAAGCAAACCCUUUUGAAGUCGCACUCUUUAUUUAUACUCAGAGAUAAUGGGGAAAAUUUUAGAGCAGAGCUCCUUUUACGAGCUAUACAACAAAGACACUCGUCAGUAUAAUAACAUUGUCACCUUCACUAGCCAGGACAAGAAUUAUGAGUUGGUUCAAGAGAUUACUAUUUCAUUUAUUACCACAGACCCGAACUAUUGGUCAUUUGUUGUUUCAAAGCCAUAGUACAGCUAGAGCUACUGCUAUUAUACUAUAAUACUCUACACGGAUACGUAAACACAUGAAUGAUUGUUGUGGCGUAUAAAGUGGUAAUUAGCAUAUGUCUGGUUCAACUGGUAUGAUACCACUUAACUAGAACGAUGUGUCGCCUGCACAGGCUUGUAGUUUUUAACCAUAGACUGUAUAUAGAAUGGACAGUGUCUGCCUCCUCGCUGGGUGAAGCCACUCCGAGAACAACACACCCUGGUGAUGGCCUGCAGUAUAGGUCAUAGAUCCCGCCUCCGCCAGUCACUCUAUGGGGCUGCGGACAAACUUUACUACAAAAUUUACUACACAAAUUAUAUCAAUUUUUCUCCCCCCUGCUUGCGAUGUUGACAUGUAGUUAUUGUAUGACUGGUUUGUGCUCAAGUCCUAUGGGCGUACGAAGUUUGCAUAGCUCACCCAGGGGAUACGCUGCUUGAGCCGGACGUCACCACAGUGACUCUCGGCAACUCUCCCGCCAAAUGCGUACAAUGCCACUAUGCAAGUGGUGGAGUGCGUAAAAUGCUACUGCACGAUGUUGGUUUCAGAAAGUGGAGAAAAAUCACAGAAAUACCGAGAGCUUUUCGGCUUCAGUUUUGUUUACUGGUGGAAGGCGGAACAAAGUUGUCCAUAGUAUAUACAGUCUAUGUUUUUAACCUAUACUGAGAACCAAAGUCUGGUGGCGCUAGCUCUGCUAAUGUUAGCCACACUUGGCAAACCAUUUUAAAUGGUUUACAUGCAGACUCUGUGAUGGUCAUGUGUUUUGUUGGCAAGACAAGGAAUUGUCCAGUGGUUUUACUCAGUUAGCAUAGGUGCCAUUCUCAAUUCUACAUAUAUCUCUUCUUCUCUUUUUCUUGACUGUAAAAUGCAUCCAGAGCUUCACAGCGCCCUCUCAAGAACAAAAGGUGUAAUUACAUUCCCAGUACAUGAACUAACUUAACAAGCACAGCUUCUUGAAUUUGUAAAGACAACACUAUGUUCAAUAAAAUAUGCUCAGUUUUGAUUGUUUACUAAGUGUUUUCUUACCUUUAGAUUAGUUGGUUGAUUAGUCUGAAUCUGAAUUUCUGUUUAAUUGACUAGAAAAUUAGUCGUCUUGAAAUCCCUACCAAUAUGCAAGAUAUUAACAUAGAUAGCCCUUUGCUCCAAUUGUUUAUCUUAUUAAAACUAUUACAAAGAACGUAUACCUUAAAAAA